UAGAAGCAGGCACACAACUGACCUACAGAGCCAUCGAUAACUUACUCCCCUCGCAGCAGAAUUGCAUAGGGGAGGGGAGGGAGGAAGGAGGGAGAGGAGAAAGAGGGGGUGGAGGAGGAGAAGGAAAAAAAGAAAAUCCAGAGAAUUCUAGUCUUGCAAAUGUAGUGAAACUGAGCGGUUGGAGUUCAUUUGCUCUAGAAGAGCAGAGAAGAAAAAGGACAUUAAAUGAAAAAAAGCGAGAAAGGUCUGUAGCUUUUUUCCUGAUAGUAGCGGUGUUUUAGAGGUAAAAUGAUUCCUCCGAGCAGCACGACUGAAGUCAGCGUGGAUAGUGUGGAGAAAGAGAAUGAAGUGGAGAGCACAGAGCAGCCCCCCUCUCCAGCAUCAACUACCAGCCAGGAAUCAAAGCUGCAGAAACUGAAACGAUCACUCUCCUUCAAGACCAAAAGCUUGCGGAGUAAAAGUGCAGACAAUUUCUUCCAGAGGACUAAUAGCGAUGUGAAACUGCAAGUAGACUUGAUGCCUGAGGUGAGCACAAGCACUGGGCAGCUCCCCAGCUCAGACAGCCAGGCGUCCUCCCCCACCAGAGCCCAGCAGCUGCCAGAAAACAACAAGGCUCACAUCUUCCAGGAGCACAUCUUCAAAAAACCCACCUUCUGCGAUGUCUGCAACCACAUGAUUGUUGGGACAAACGCUAAGCACGGGCUGCGCUGUAAGGCUUGUAAGAUGAGCAUCCACCACAAAUGUGCAGACAGUAUUGGACAACAGCGUUGCAUGGGCAAGCUGCCAAAGGGAUUUCGACGUCUCCCUUUGGCAGUGCUCUGCAACAGCAGCGGCAGACUUCCAGCCGUGGUAUUUACCCUCAGCAGCCUUCCAGCUCCUUUCAGUGACUGGAUGCCCUUCUGCCAUCUCAGGAAAGGACCACUUCAAAGAUACAAAGCUGGAAGAGGAGAGGCUUGUGGAAAUAAGGUUGACCCUGUGUAUGAAACUCUCCGCUUUGGGACUUCCUUAGCCCAGAAAACCAAAAAAGGCAGUUCUGGAAGUGGGUCUGACUCUCCCAACAGAAACUCUACAGCUGACCUGGCAGAAGUUCCUGAGGAAGGCGAUAGCUCUGCAGGCACCCUUGACAUAAGCAGGAAACGCAGCAACAGCGUGUUUACAUACUCCGAAAAUGGCACAGAACACUUUGGAGAAGAACCAAAGAGUAUACAUUCCCCGGGACCAUUUUAUAAAAGCACGUUACAAAUGAACACCUAUGUUGCCUUGUACAAAUUUGUACCACAAGAAAAUGAAGACUUGGAGAUGAGGCCAGGGGAUAUGAUCACUCUUCUGGAAGACUCCAAUGAAGACUGGUGGAAGGGGAAAAUUGAUGACAGAACUGGAUUUUUUCCUGCUAACUUUGUUCAAAGAGUGCAACAUGAUGAGAAGAUUUACAGGUGUAUCAGAACAUUCAUUGGCUGCAAGGAACAGGGACAGAUAACUCUGAAAGAGAACCAGACAAGCGGAAGACUUGAGCUUCAGACCUCUUGACCUGGCACUGUCUGCAGGCUCCAGGACAGCUCUUGAAACUGUGCUGUCCUCACAACCAAAUUCCUGUUUCAUCAGAACCAGUCUGUGGCUGACAGAUGGGUUAAAUAUACGGGAGAGAGAAGAUAAGCAAAAGACAGCUGCAGAAAAUUAGAGCAAGUUCAAAGUUGCUCCUGGACAAAGAGAAUUUGCCGCUUGAGCCCAAACUCAAGGCACAGGACCUAGAAGAACAGGAGAGUAUUAAUGACCAUGGAGAUUAAAGGAUCAUUUCCUAAUUGCUCAUCUCCCUCAUCUGCUCGGGGCUGACUGAGAGAUAAAAAAUCCUCAGGGCAGAUGUUGACAAGUUCAGACAACAGUCAUGAUCUGAACAGUUGUUUGUUUUGGUUUUAGUGGUUUGGGUGGUGGGUUUUUUUAACCAAAUGAGAUGAAAGAAUGGGGAAGUCACUUUAUAAUAUUAGAUCCCACUUUCAGCUAUUUCUGAAGAUCACUUCAUGAUUGAGAAAUAGCUUGAGAUGUCAUUUCUUACCUUGUGGCUUACUCCACUACUAACCUCUUGAGCCAGGGUGCAGGGAAAAAAAAAAAAAACCCACCAAACAUUUGUCUCCAUUUGUGUUGCUGCCAAAUUCACUGGAGGGUGGCUGCUCAGUGGCUCACUUACCUUAUAAGGCCAUCAGCCCUCACCCCAAAAUACACCAGCCUGAGUAGCUGCCAUUUUAAGCAGUUUCCAAUUUGAUACGGAAAACCACGAUCACCUGAUGGUAGCUGUGGCACCUUGUGUCUUCACAGCCAUCAUGUUUGCUGUCUGUCAUGAGGGCUAGUCCUCAGCGACAGCUGAUUCAUCAGGUGGAGUUCAAAACUGUGGAUGCUACCAUACACUUAUCUGGGGUUACUCCUGAUUUACACCCGCUUAAGAAAGACAAGAGCCAAAUCCCAAGCCUCCAACUUGUGGGUGGAAAUCCUUGGCAGCACUCACAAAAGAGGAUGAGGACAAAAGUGGCCAAAGAUGGUGGUGUGUUCCCUCUUUUCUGAAACUGUGGAAUUUGGAGCAGCUCCAGGGCUUUGCAAAGCUCCAGCACGGGAUUAGGAAAGUAUGGCAUAUUGUGGCUGAGCUCACUCUGCCCCCAACACAUCCCCUUCCUUCAGGAGUGGGUAAAAACUCUGCCAGCCAGGGGCCAGCACAUGCAAGGCUGUGCAUUAGUGUGAGAGAAUUUCAGCUGGAAUUGGGGGAAUUCAGAUCAAUGUAUUAGUAUGUAGAGUGAGAGAAGUUCUUACAGAAAGGCCUUGUACACCUCAUGCCUGGUGAAGAUCUAAAGCUAUUGCUGUAGCAGAGCACUCUCACUGAUAUCAAGGAGCACUCAAACCAGCAGCAGAACCAAAAAAACAUCUCUAUAAAAAGACCAAGUCUGCCAUCCUUUUUCACUCCUAAGAUAAAGAAAACCAGUGUGCAGAAAGUUCGGUAUUUUUCUUUUGUCCACAAAUCAUUCUGCUGACAGUACAAGACAUCAGGGAAAAGCACUCUGUUCUCCCAGUAUGUUCUGCACAGCACCAGAGGUUCAGCUAGAAAUGCAGCGUGGCUACUGAGCAGUGCAGACCUCUGGAGGUUCCUUCUGGAGAUCUGACUACUUUGGGGGAUUCUUUGGCCCAUGCAAAAAACUAGAGGUCUUGCAGACAUCUUUAGUUAGGAGGAAAGCAUGGUGAUGGAGUCAAGCUUUCCUUUUAACCAGCCGGGUUUAGUUAUGGAGAAGCUGCAAAGGCUCAUUUUCCCACACAGCAGCAGGGAUCAACCAAGAAGGGGCCUCUCAAUCAGGAUGCUCUUUCCCAUUCUUGGAUACUCUGCCAUGCUCAGCUAUCCUUAGCCUGGUGUUUCUUUGUAGGCUUUUUUUUUCUUUGUUGAAGUUUUCAUAGUCUUUCUGAGACCAACAUCUAGCAGUAGUCAGAAACACCUUUCUGUGUACAUGUGCUUUACACCUCUCUGCUUCGAACGGUGAUGUGACUGGAGAGGGAGUGGUUGCUGUGCUAGGGAUUCAUGACACAAAUGAGCUUGGCUCUUUUGCAACACUACCUAAACUAAACAGCAAUUUCAUACCUCUCCCACAGUUCUGUGUGAUUUAGCCCAAACAACAAUUCCCCCCACCCCCUUUUUUUUUUUUUAAAUUGCAUGUCAGCUCUGGUGGUGUGCUCAGUCAUUCUGCCCCAGGGAUCCAAUUCAGCUAGCGUUAAGUGGGUAGCUUAAGUAAGAAAAUUAAUGAGUCCAUUUGCUUUCCAAACCUUUGUUUACAGGUACAGAGAUGCACCUAACCAAAUAUUGGAGGUGGCAAAUACGAAGCAGCUUCUCCUCCUUUUUAUGAUCUUUCAUUUCCCUCUGGCAGCAUCAGGGUUGUUAGUAAAUUUUAUGGAUGUAACAACAGAAGGCCAAGCUGGUCCAGAACUCAGAUGUGGCAUUUAGGUGUCACCAUACAAUCCAUAACAGUCAUGCUGAAAUGCAUUUAGCCAGGAACAUUUUCGAGCCAUUUUUGUUCAUUUCAUACCUUCUGAAUUAUUGUAAUUAAACACUGUAAAUACCUAUCAGACAGAGCCUUUGUGACUGUUAGUCCAGACAGAGGGCUUUAAAGGCCUGGCACUGACAUCAUGAGAAAUGAGGAGGUUGGUCUCAAUAGGACCAUCAGUUUUAUGGCUAUAUUUUAACCUUGUUUGAUUUGUAGGAAAUACAUAACUCCUUGGCACAGACGUUUGAAAACAAUUCUUUAUUUCGUGUGGCUCUGUGCUCACAUGCCCAGUCUAAAGUAUCUGUGCCACUAGGCUUUCAAAUGGCUCAGCCAUUACCAAAAGUGUCAGGAUGGGCCCUAAAAUGGAAAUACCUGAGAUCACAAAGGUCUUCAGGAAAUGCAAACCUUUACCGCAAUGUAAUCCUUGUACUAUUGUAAAGACCAUAUGGUUUUACCAUAAUUGCCUCCAACCGGAAUAGGUGUUACGCAAACACACUCACAGAGCUGAGUUCAGAUCACAUACUUUGGUAUCCACAACAGGCACAGGCACCUGUAGGUGCGAGAGCUGAGUAAAUGACAUAACCCACUGCCCAUCUGAGAAGUACUUGGGCUCCUUAAACAUGCAAAAGAGAAUAUGCUUGCAUUCAGAUCAGCUGCUGCAAGUGACCCACCUUGGCAUCAUGAUUACUUUCACCACCAACUGUUGAGGGAGCCAGCUAGCUUAUGAUCUGAAAUACCCAAUCCUCUCACACACAGACAACUAAAUCACAAUCAUUACAGUAGGCUGAAGCCAUAAGUCAAGUUUCAAAAUCUUUGAUCCACCACAAAGUUCUUGACGAUUUUAAUGUCUUUCAUGUAUAUGUGGCACUUCAGGGAGGCAGGGGGAAAGGUAACUCUCUAAAUAUAAGUUUGAGUUUCUUAUCAAAGCAGCGAGAGUCUAAAAGGAAUGUUCUACUUACAGAAGUAACUAGCAGGAUGUCUAAUCCACCUGAUAAAUAGCCUGGAAUAAUUUGUUGCUUGAUCAUGGCA